AUGUGCGACCUGGUGGUGUCCGCGUCUCUGGACCAGACAGUGCGGGUGUGGGACACCUCGGGGCUCCGGGACAAGACGGUGGCCAUCGGCGCCGCCCCAGGCCCCGGGCCUGGCGCGGGUCAGCGCGGAGGAGCCAACGACGUCUUCGGCACCUCUGACGCGGUGGUGAAGUACGUCUUGGAGGGCCACGACCGGGGCGUGAACUGGGCCUCUUUCCACCCUACGCUGCCGCUGAUUGUAUCCGGUGCAGACGAUCGGCUGAUCAAGCUGUGGAGGAUGAACGACACCAAAGCCUGGGAGGUGGACACGCUGCGGGGACACUUCAACAAUGUCUCCUGCGUCAUGUUCCAUCCCAAGAAGGAGCUGAUCCUUUCGAACUCCGAGGAUCGCACGAUCCGGGUCUGGGACGUCACGAAGCGCACAGGCAUCCACACCUUCCGACGUGAGAACGAUCGCUUUUGGAUCAUUACCGCCCACAGGAGCUCCAACCUGAUCGCGGUGGGCCACGAUGCCGGGAUGGUGGUCUUCAAGCUGGACUGCGAGCGGCCCUUGGCGCAUGCCUUUGGCCACAACCUCUACGUCGUGCAGGACCGAGAGGUGCAGGUGGUGGACUUCGACAAGGGCCUCAAGGGCGUGCAGCUGGGGCCCGGAGUCAUAGAUUGA